UCGCAUAAGCGCGCGCGCACACACACACACACACACACAGCACACUGCGGAGUUCAGUCGAGGGGAGAUGACCGGGUGAAGGAGAAGAGCGAAAUUACAGCGCAGAGCAAACAACCCAUUCCGCUGCCGCUGCCGCUGCCCGCCCGGUCGACCGAUACCAGGACUACCACUCGACUCGAUCAGAUAGUCUGGGACCCCGGGUUUGUCCUCCUGGAACCCCGCGGACUGGCUCCCACCAUGCCGUACAAUCGCUCGGGUGAAAGUCGUGCUCGCUGCGCCCUUCUUUGGAUGGGGAUACUGUGGACAGUCGCACUGGCCCAAGAGGAGGCCAGACCUGGUCCUCCAACCUCCGCUCCGGCCCCAGGGGAGACCCCAAGGGAAGGCCCACGAGGAGCCGCCUUGGUCGGGCAGGGUCUCCUGGAGUCUGUCCUGGCUCGCCGGGACCAGCUGCUGUCCCAGCGGAGCAGGGUGCUGCCCAGCGCCCUCCCCCAGGAGCUGCUGCCCAUGCUGGGGAAGGGGCUGGGCAGCGCCAGGGGGGUCGGGGGGGUCCUCUCGCCAGAGCAGGAGGGCCUGCUGAAGAGGAUGAUCCCUGCAGCUGGGGUGGGUGUCGGGGGUGAGGGCGGGGGUGAUGCGUGGGAUUCUGGUGCACACCCCACUUCCCCAGAAAACGUGGACGCCCCACACACACACGGGGGGAAGACUGGGGCAGGGGGCAGCUCUGAGGUGAGGGACGAGGAGGAGGACGAGGAGGAAGGGACUCAAAAUCCAAGCAGCACCCUCACCCCCACGCCCACAGCAGUAGUGGUAGACACGGAGCCAGACAUGGGCACACUGGCACCAGCAGUAUCGAGUUGUGUGAUCAAUUUUUCCGACCCUGAGGGCUACAUCGAUUCAUCAGACGACCCUCCGCUUCCAGACGGGGCCUUUCUGCAGUGCACGUACACCGUCACCGUCUAUACAGGAUACGGCGUGGAGCUGCAGAUCAAGAGUGUCAAUCUGUCGGAUGGCGAGCAGCUCUCAAUCAGAGGGCAGAACGAGGCAGGAGCCCUGAUAGUACUGGCCAAUCACACACUCCUGGUGGAGGGUCAGGUGAUCCGCAGCCCGACCAAUACCAUCUCUGUAUUCUUCCGCUCCUUUGCAGAGGGACCAAUGGGCACCUUCCAGCUGCACUAUCAGAUCUUUGGGCUGAGCUGCGCUCUGCCGCGCCGGCCCCACUUUGGGGAGGUGUCGGUGCUGAACCUGCACCCAGGGGGCACGGCACACUUCCACUGCAACAUGGGCUACCACCUGCAGGGGGCAGCACAGAUCACCUGCCUCAACGCCUCACUGCCCAUCUGGAGCGCCAAGGAGCCUACCUGCAGAGCUCUAUGCGGGGGUUCGGUGAAGAACACCAGUGUGGGUUGGGUCCUGUCCCCCUCUCCCCACCCCAACAGCACACUGGACCGCAGCUGCUCCUGGUCCCUGGAGGCCCCCGCUGGACAGAGGUUGCACCUGCACCUGGAGAGGAUAGACCUUGGCCCCACAGACAGGUUGGUGUUGUGGAGCGGCCUGGACGCUGGGUCUGUGGUGCUGUUCGACUCUGGCAGGGGGGGUCCCAUCCCGUUCGAGGGCGUGAUCAGCGAGGGACCGGCCGUCAGGGUCCAGUUCAUCACCGAUGACCCACCGACCAGCUGGCACCGUGGCUUCAGCAUCCGAUACGAGGCGUUUGAGAAGGGCCACUGCUAUGAGCCGUACAUGCAGAAUGGCAACUUCACCACGUCAGACCCGGCGUACGGCGUGGGGGCCGUGGUGCAGUUCACUUGCGACCCCGGGCACUCGCUGGAGCAGGGACCGCCGGUCAUCGAGUGCAUCAACACCCGGGACCCCUACUGGAACGACACCGAACCUCUGUGCAAAGCUCUGUGUGGCGGUGACCUGGCCGGGCCCAGCGGGGUGAUCCUGUCCCCAAACUGGCCAGACUCGUAUGGGGAGGGCGAGGACUGCAGCUGGAGGAUCCACGUGGACGAAGACAAGCGCAUCCUGCUGGACGUGCAGCUGCUGAAUCUGAGUGACAGUGACAUGGUUACCAUCCUGGACGGUGAUGAAGUGACCACGCGUAUCCUGGGCCAGUAUGUGGGGGGCACCAGCCCAUUCAAGCUGUCGUCCACCACGCCCGACCUGACCGUCACCUUCCACUCCGACCCCGCCGGCCUCGUCUUCGGAAAGGGAGAGGGCUUCAUCAUUAACUACAUGGAGGUGUCUCGGAACGACUCGUGCCCAGACUUGCCCGAGAUCCAAAAUGGCUGGAAGACAACGUCUCACACGGCGCUAGUGCGCGGGGCACGCAUCACCUACCAGUGUGACCCAGGAUACGACCUGGUUGGCAGGGAGACCCUCACCUGUCUGCUGGACCUCACCUGGAGCACACAGCCCCCCUUCUGUGAAAAGAUCAUGUAUUGCUCAGACCCAGGCCAUGUGGAGCACUCCACUCGGACUCUGUCUGACCCCAAGCUCCUGGUGGGCACCGCCAUCCAGUACACCUGCAAUCCUGGCUUUGUCCUGCAGGGCGGCGCUACUCUCACCUGCUACGGACGGGAGCCAGGGACCCCUGUCUGGACAUCCCGACUGCCUCACUGUGUCUCGGAGGACUCAGUGUCGUGUGAGAACCCAGGGCUACCAGAGAACGGCUACCAGAUCCUGUCCAAGCGGCUCUACCUACCGGGCGAGUCCCUCACCUUCAUGUGCUACCAGGGCUACGAACUGGAAGGAGAGUUCGCCAUCAAGUGCAUUCUGGGAAACCCCUCGUUUUGGAGUGGCCCACUUCCUCUCUGUCGAGCCAGACCAGACUGCUUCGGUAACCACGCUCUGGAGGUGGCGGAGGCGGCGGCCGGCUCCUCUCUGGACGGGGGCAACAUGGCGCUGGCCAUCUUCAUCCUGGUGCUUCUGCUCUCAGUGCUGCUGGGGGGCCUUUAUGUGUAUGUGACGAGGUGUCGCUAUCACUCAAACCUGCGUCUGCCUUUGAUGUACCCACACCCGUACAGUCAGAUUACCGUGGAGACAGAGUUUGACAACCCACUCUAUGAAACAGGAGGGGACACAAGAGAGUACGAGGUGUCAAUAUGAUGAGCGGUCCAGCAGACUGCCCCCGAUCACCCCAUCAGAUCAUGUGUAAAUAGCCCUGCCCUUUCCCUGUCCUCAGCCUCAUAAAACAUGUCUGCAGUAUGCACAGCUGCCACUAGGGGGCAGACAAACACAACCUGAGAGAGAUGCAAUGACAGAAAACCGGAAAAGCACUAGAGUAGUGGGGCCUCAUGAAGAGAGAGGAACUAGAUAAUAUGUGGAAAAAACAUGUGACAUGCAUAAAGAGAGAGAGAGAAAGAGAGAGAGAGAUACUGUGUG